AUGGCACAACACAACGAUUGGAGUUCCGAGUAUUUGACUUCUUUUGCUAGUACUAUAAUUGCUGUACGGCAGCAAGCUCGCUAAUUGGUAUUGGAUCUUCGUGUUACUAGUCGUGAAGAUGUAUAGUGAUUCCGACCUGAUGGUGUAGCCAAUGCAAAAAAUUUCAUGUAUUCUAGAUAUGUCUCGUUUCAUCCUGGGAGCGUGUAUCAAAAUCCGGCUGGUGCGCCCACGAGUGCUGUUGAUCCAGCAGCACUACAGCAAGCGCACUACCAUGUCGUUGCCCGUACGCACCGGCCUGAGUUUGUUAUGUCAAUAUAUGUGGAAGUGGAGCAAAAUAACGCUACAACAUUUUUGAUGGGCCUAGUAUCCGAUGAAAAAGCUGAGAGCUGUGUUACAUUUCUUUAAAACAAUGGAUGACUGAACAUGAACUGACUUUAGGAAAAUUGAUAUAAAGAGUAGAUAGGACUAGGAGUUAGAGGUAGUUGGGAUAGACCCGCGUCUAACAUUACGCAGAGCGGUGCCUGCGGAAUGCCAGGUCCAGCGGUAAUUGGUGGAAUCGUGCAUCAUGCGGGCAGCGCAAUGCAACCUGUUGGAAUCGUGCAGCAGGCAGGUGGGCUGGGUCCUCAGCAGGUUCGCGCAACAUAUGCAGCACCUUUGAACCACCCGCAACCGCACCAGCAUGCCUUCGUUACGAGCGCCGGAACAGCGCUGCCUGCGAACCAUCAAAGCGUGCAGCAUCAAAGCGCGCACCAUCAAAGCGUGCAGCAGGGUCAUACAGUUGUGUUAACGUCCAGCGCACCAGCCGGCGCGGCGCCGCUGAUGGCACGAGGUCACAGCAUGCAACAGUGUGCAACCGUCGGCGCGGCCACUGGAUCAGGUAUGUGCCCAGCAGUGAUACGUGGUAUGGUGUCGUCUUCUAACCAGCCUGUGCAUACGAGUCCUGUAGUCCCCGUUGGGCCGCCCGUGCUGAGUGGUCAGGCACCUGUCGCGGGGCGCGUAAUCGUUGCGCCAGUCAUG